UUGCUCAGCUCCACUCCACUCCACGCCUCCACCCACCCACUCCGCCGAAGCUUCCAGACCCCGAGGGUUAGGGUACGCAUGGCGGCGGCGGCGGCGGCGGAGGCCGCGAUCCGGCGUGGGCUGCUUGUCUCCGGGGCCGUCAGCGUAGCGGCGGCGCUCGGCGCGCUGUGGCUGGCCUGCGCCCUCAGGAUCGCCAGCGCCGUCAACCACUGCCUCGCGGUGAAGGCGGCGGGCGUCUCCGUCUGGGCCGACGCCAGGUGCGACGCCACGAUCGAGCUCGCCGCUCCCGCCGACGUCGUCCUGCUCAUCCUCAACGCCGUGGCCGCGCGCCGGGAGGCCAAGGCCGAAGCGGAGGCCGACGCGCAGAUCCGCGAGGCUGCGGGUGCAGCUGCACGCAACGUCGUUCCUGAUCCCGGCGACCUGCAGCAGCCGCUGGUUACCCUCGCACUACCGGCUUCGACUCCGAGUCCGAGACCGGAGCGCCUCCGCCUGCGUGGUUCCGAUGCAGUACUCAUGUUCGUCGUCGCCUUCAUCUACGUGUGCUGUGCCGUUCUCAUCGUCGUGGGCGAGCUGCUCCCAGUGGUCGGCGAUCUCAUCCCCGUGGACUGCCAGCGCCAGUGCCAGGUGCAGCGGCGGUGCCUUGCUUGGUUCUUCAAGAACAUCGGCUACCUGUGGCUGGCUGUUGGUCAUUGCUGCCUCAUUAUUCCUUACGCCGUGCUCAGGCUGAGGAGGCUCGCCAGGAAGAAGGUUGCCAGCUUCUUCGUGUCGGUGCCAUGCAUGGUACACCCUCAAAGGUAUAAGGAACAUGAUCUUUUUUAAACUGGGGAUUCUUAGGGAAAUGGCUAUUGGACUACAGCAUACUGAAACAUGUUUUGAACUAUCUCAAAUAUUCGAGGCUGCAACUCACAAGUUAAUUACUGAACUGUGCUAGGGUCGUUGUAGGAUAUGGCUAGCUGUGUAUAAUGCUCACGUUUUUUUUUUGGAUAGAUUGGUUUUGCAAAUCCAGCGGACAAUUAUGUUGCAAAGUACGUACAUCAUGUUCUGGUACUGGAGCUAAAUGUUGCGGUGUGUUUGAAUUUACUGUGUAGCUUGGUAUGAUUCAUGCUGCAGCUGUCAGCGUUUUCUUGGGAUGUUCUGAUUUGCUAUGCAUGAUAAUGGUUGCUUGCAGUGU